AUGUAAAAUUAAGAAUAUCUGAAAAAUGAAAACAAACCUUUCAUUCCUCAAUAACAAAAUUAAAUUACUCGUACUGUACUUCAAUCAUUAUUCCAUGAGUACCAUAUUCUUAUAAAAGGACUAAGAAAUUAGUAAAAUUAUCAAUAUCUUCUAGAGAAUAUUAAGAUUAUUGUAAUGUAAAAGGUGCUUGUGGAUAAACUAUUCCACUUAUACUCAUCCUUCCUAUCAGUCUUACUAUUGGUACGGUUUAACUAAUAUUACUAUUUUUUAAAAAUAUUCAAGAAGGUAAAUUUUGAUAUUAAGUUAUUUAAAAGGACCCAUAUUACCUGCUUUGAUUUAGUUUCUUUUAUUAUAAAGUGCCUAAACUUUGAUAAUGUAUAUGAUUCUUAAAGCUUGUGAAGUUAUUCCCAAAAAAAUUGAAAAUCCUUUAUUAUUUGGCAGGAUAACAUCCUAUAUUUUCACUUGUUUAAGUAUUGCUGAAGGAACAUUAUUAAUUGUAUUCAUAUCUUAUUAAUAUUAAAAAGGAAAGAAUUUCAAAUUUCAACUAAUUUUCAUAAUCUUAUUUUUGGGCUAUUUUUGGUUUAAUAAUUUGGUAAAAGGUAAUUAUUAAUAAUAUUAAUAAGAUAAUACAAUUAUUUAUUUAUGAUUACAAACUUAGAAUAGGUCUAAUAAUAUUUUUGUACAUAUAUUAUGUAUUUAGAGUUGAUUGUGAUCUAUUCAUUAAAGUAUUUGAUAAAUGAUAAUUUUAGGAUAUAAUCAAAGUAAUUGCAUACAUAUUAUUGGAAAUUAUUUUUAUUAUAGAUACUGAAUUAAAGAAUUACUCUUAAUAUUAAUUCGAAAAUAAUAUGUAAUUUAAAAACAACAAAGAAUAAAUACAAUUCAUGAUUCCAUAAGUUCAAAUGUAGACUUAAUAAUAGAUUUUGGAAAUUAUUACUAAUCAAUUUCCUAUCAUUUUAUUUGAUUAGACUAAAGAAUUAAUUCAUAUCUCAGGAGUAGCAUUAAAAUAAUUACAAAUGGAUGAAGAUUCUAAUAAGAUAGAUUUAAUAUCAGCAGAAAUUAAAUUAAGAAAGAUGGAAAUCUUAAAAUUUUAUUCAACAAAUCAAUCUAUAAAAGAUAAUUUAAUUCAAUUAAAGAGAUUAACUAAAUUUGGAUCUACUUGUGGAACUAAUGAAAAAGGAGAAUUAUUACAUUCCCUUCUGAAUGGACCAGCACUUUAAUAGUUACGUAUAUUAAGGUAGCCAUAAGAGAUUUAAAGAAUUAUUCAUUAUAAUCCAGAUGGAGUAUUAGAGUAAUUACUUAAUAAUUUAAUUAAUGAUUAACAAACAGAAUAUAAAGGAAUAUCUAAAUUUAAUAUAUCUAAUAAUAAAUUCAAAUAUUUUUAAUUUACUUUAAUUAAAGUUCCUAAAGCUGAUACUUUUUAAAUUUUCUUAAUUUUAGAAGAUAUUACUUAAAUAUAUCAAGAUAUGAAUUUGAACUAGAAAAAUGAAGAUGAUGAUCUUCCAAUUAUGUGUUAAUAAUUCAGAUAAAUGUUGUUCUAUUAAUAAAAUUUUAAGAUUCCUCUUAAAUUAUUAAAUAAUGAAAUCAAAAACACUCUCAAGUAUUCUAAAACUUAAUAUUUAUAAGAAGAAUAGUUGAAUGUAGAUUAUUUAAUAAAUUAAUUAUAAGAAAUGUAUCAAAAUCAAAUUAAUUCUAAUAUUAAACUAUAAUUUUUUAAUAACCUGAAAUUAAAUGAAACUGAAUUUAAAACAGAUCAAUUAAGAUUGAUUUAAAUUAUGUAAAUACUACUAGAUAAUAGUAUUAAUAAUACAAAAGAGGGAUUCAUUAAAAUACUAAUUGAUGAUGAUAAAAUAUAGAAUUGUAUAUAAAUAGUGGUUGAAGAUACUGGUAUAGGAAUUAAUUAAGAAAUCUUUUAAUAAGAAUUUAAUUCUUAUUAAAUAUUAUCCUUAUAAAUAGUUAACUAUUUAACAAAAAUUUUGGGUCCUGUAUUUAAUUCUAAUAAAAUUGCAGGUUAAAUUGCUAAUAAAGGAUUAAGAAUUAAAUCCAUAUAGGAUUGUGGCACAUCAAUAUCUUUUUCAAUCAGAAAUCUAAAAUUAGAUGAGUCCACUACUUAAUUCAUUAUAGAUGAAAACAUAUCUCAAGAUGAAAUGGAUGUAGAUGUAGAUGAAAAUGAAAUUAUGGAAAGAUACAUCAGAGAUGAUGAUCAAAUAUAAUAUUUAUAAAGAUUUAAUAAAGGACUAAGAUCAUUAAUUAUUAAUAGGUAAUAAAUUCAGAAGAUUGCAAAACCUAUAGAAAUCAAUAAUAAUAAAAAAUAAACCAAAUUAGUUGGUAUGAUGAAACUAUAAGAAUUAGGAAGAUUCAAAAAUAUAUAAAAAUAGAAUGAAUCUUGUUAAUGUAAUUACAAAUUAAUUAUCAAUACAAAUUAAGAUUUUGAAAGAGUUAUCAAACAACAUAUUUAAGACAAUGUUAUUUAUAUUAAUGAAUAAGACUCAUAUAAACAUAUUAAUUUAAGAUUAAGAGAAAAAUAAUGUUUGAAUCAGUCUUGCUAAUUAUAUAAAUGUAUAAUUAUAAAUUGUCAUUUAACAAAUUUUAAUUAUAGAGAGUAAAUAUAUUUCAUUAUAUUUAGUUUAAUAACUAGAAUUCUUGGAAUCAAUAGUAAUUUCAAAAUUAUUAUGCUAAUAUAUAAUUCAAAUGGGGAAAUGGAUAUUUUAGGAACCUGCAUCAUAAUGCCAAUUCAAUUAGAUGUCUUACUAUAAUACUUAUAAGGUUGA